AUCUCCCACUGCUGUCAGCUGCCUUGUCACAAUUCACGACCACCAAACUCCCAAUAAGUGGCGGGAGGGAGGGAACCAUGGCGACGGCGGAGCAGCGGAUUGAGCACAGCCGCAUCGCCGUCAGAGGCCUUAAUCUCCACGUCGCCCAAUCAGGCACAGGUGAGCUCGGGACGGUGAUUUUCCUUCACGGGUUCCCCGAGAUAUGGUACUCGUGGCGCCACCAGAUGCAGGCCGUGGCCGCCGCCGGGUACCGCGCCGUCGCGCUGGACUGGCGCGGGUACGGUCUCUCCGACCAGCCGCCGGAGAAGGAGACGGCGUCGCGCGACGACCUGGUGGAGGAUCUCCUAGCCCUCCUGGAUGCGCUCGCAGUCCACAAGGCAUUCCUCAUUGCGAAGGAUUUUGGAGCGAUGCCUGCGUAUGACUUUGCUCUUCGUCACCCCAGCCGCACAAGUGGUGUCAUGUGUUUGGGCAUCCCUUACCUUCACGGUGGAUCCCCAUUCACCACCUUGCCAGAAGGCUUCUACAUUCUCCGUUGGCGGGAACCAGGAAGAGCAGAGGCUGACUUUGGCAGGUACGAUGUCAAGAGAGUCGUGCAGACAAUCUACAUCCUGUUUUCGAGAAGCGAGAUCCCGAUAGCAAACGAAGAUCAAGAGAUCAUGGAUCUUGCAGACUUAUCGACUCCCCUUCCAGAGUGGUUCACCGAGAAGGAUCUUGAUGUCUACGCAUCCCUCUACGAGAAAUCCGGUUUUGGAUAUCCACUGCAGAUGCCAUACAGGUCUCUCCAUAAGACACAACCGGUCGAAGAUCCAAAGUUCCAAGUCCCAGUGUUCGUCGUCAUGGGGGAGAAAGACUAUGUCUUCAAGUUCCCCGGGGUCGAGGCCGUCCUGAAAGAUGGUGUCAUGGAGAAGUUCGCACCUGACCUGAAGAUCACAUACGUGCCUGAAGGAAGCCAUUUUGUUCAGGAGCAGUUCCCGGACAUGGUCAAUGAGCUCCUCCUUGGCUUCCUCAGGGACCAUCCUGUGGCCUGACAGAUGUUCUCUGCUUUGCCUGUAUUCACAUUCUGCAAUGUUAUGAUCUGCACUAUCAAUGAAGGGUGUGUGAUGGCUGGUAUUGCUUUGCAUUAUCAAUGGAGUAUGUUUAUGUUGUAUCUGGUUUGUACCGCUAGUUUUAUCAGCAAUCUAAAGUCUAAUAUCUUUAAUAAGGGGAAUAAAAGCCUAAUAUUUCUCCA